AUGGGUGUCACCUGUUGCUGUGGGCGUGUCCUUUUGCCCCGCCCACCGCAACAGGCUGCUGCCAGCGAAGAGUGUUGGCUCACUGUCGCGCUGUCUGUCAGCCAGGGUGGAAGCCCACUGCCGGAGCGGAGCGGCGACUGUGAAGAAACAGGCGAGAUGCCGCCCGACACGCCAUCCGCUACCACGCCCGCCUCCGCUCCCGCUACCGCUCCCAGUAACACCCAAACCGCUACUAACAAUGUGCCCAAAAGUCGAUCUAUGGUGGUAUCACUAACGCCCCCCCGGGAACGCGAGACCUGGGCGAAGAAGGCGGAGUUUCUGCUGGCCGUGGUGGGUUUCGCGGUUGACCUUGGCAACGUCUGGAGAUUCCCUUACAUCUGCUAUCAGAAUGGAGGGGGUGCCUUUCUCAUACCCUACUGCGUGAUGCUGCUGUUUGGUGGUCUUCCUCUCUUCUUCAUGGAGUUGGCUCUUGGACAAUACCAUCGGUGUGGCUGUCUUACCUUGUGGAAAAGAAUAUGUCCCGCUCUAAAAGGUGUUGGCUAUGCAAUAUGUAUGAUAGACAUAUACAUGGGUAUGUACUACAAUACCAUCAUCGGUUGGGCCGUCUACUACUUGGUGGCAUCACUGGCUUCCAUAAAUUCGGUUCUACCCUGGACCAGCUGCGACAACGAGUGGAACACACCGCUUUGUACACCUGUAACUUCUCCACAAAUCAACCCCAAUUCCAGCACCCCAGCUAAGGAGUUUUUCGAACGCAAUGUUUUGGAGCAACACAAGUCUAAUGGUUUGGAUAACAUGGGGCCCAUAAAGCCUUCACUGGCGCUUUGUGUCUUUGGUGUUUUUGUGUUGGUCUACUUUUCACUGUGGAAGGGCGUUCGGAGCGCGGGAAAGGUGGUGUGGGUGACGGCGUUAGCGCCAUACGUUGUGCUGUUAAUUCUUCUCGCGAGAGGAGUGACUCUUCCAGGUGCUACUGAGGGUAUAAGGUACUACCUCACACCGGAAUGGCACAAGCUGCAGAACUCCAAAGUAUGGAUAGAUGCGGCGUCUCAAAUCUUCUUCUCCCUUGGUCCCGGGUUUGGCACCCUGCUAGCGCUGUCAAGUUACAACAAAUUCAACAACAACUGUUACCGAGAUGCCAUAAUUACUUCCUCGAUCAACUGCCUUACCAGCUUCCUUGCCGGAUUUGUCAUCUUCUCUGUCUUGGGCUAUAUGGCUCACGUUCAGAACAAAAGCAUUGAAGAAGUGGGUCUUGAAGGUCCUGGUCUCGUGUUCAUCGUGUACCCAGAAGCUAUCGCGACGAUGACCGGUUCUGUCUUCUGGGCUAUCAUCUUCUUUCUAAUGCUGAUCACACUGGGUUUAGACAGCACGUUCGGAGGUUUAGAAGCAGUGACCACCGCGCUCUGCGACGAAUACCCUCGGGUUUUAGGUCGACAUCGGGAACUGUUUGUAGCUGGUCUCCUGGUCUUCAUUUACAUCUGUGCUUUGCCGACGACCACAUAUGGUGGAGUGUACCUGGUGGAUCUUCUCAACGUAUACGGACCAGGUCUAGCGAUUCUCUUCGUGGUAUUCGCGGAAGCCGCUGGUGUGUGCUGGGUUUAUGGUGUAGAUCGUUUCUCUGAAGACGUCCGCACGAUGCUGGGUCACAAGCCUGGAUGGUUCUGGAGGGCGUGCUGGUCUUACAUCAGUCCUGUAUUUCUGCUAGUCCUCUUCGUGUUCUCGGUACUGGCCCACCAGGAGAUGUUGGGAGGGGAGUACUCUUACCCCCCCUGGUCUAUUACCGUUGGCUGGAUAAUGACAGCUACUACUGUGUCCUUGAUACCGCUGUAUAUACUGUACAUGUUGAUCAUUACACCUGGAAAUUGUAUUACGAACCUGUCAGAAUCCCAGCUGGAGAGCGUGGCGCGAUGGCUGAGCUGCAACGGGGAGGUAUGGGGGAUGGGCCCGACAGCCGUGUUCGCGAGCGCAGCCGCCCUCUUUUUAUUCAACGAGCUGCAGGCGACCAUAUUUGUCGCUGGCGACCACGCGCACGUGUCGCACUUAGAGAAAACUCUGGUUUUUUCAAUGGUGGUCGGCAUGUUAGCCCUGAUGGUCCACCUGUGGGUGUGCUCCAUGCGCUUCUUUCAGUACUAUCUCGAAACCCUUAUUAGAGAUAGCCCGAACAUUCUGCUGGAGAUGACCACCGCCGGCUUCCUCGGUAAGUCGGAGCUGGUGCCUCUGGGCCCGCUGACCCGCUUCCUGAAGACGCAGCAGCCCCAGAUCCACAUCACGAUGUGCUGGUUCCUCGCGCUGUGCUACGCGGACUAUGUGCGGAAGCACUACUGCACUCGUUUCAACAUGCCUUACUUGGAGCAGUGGCAAGCAGAACUUCACGACCGCGCCUCCCGCGGCGUGCAUCAAACCAUUCAGAAAGUGAACAGUUUCGUCGGAGCGCUGCACAGCCGCCUCCGAGGCUACACGCAACCGGCGCAACCAGCUGACAACCACACGUAA